AAGCGCUCGUUGCGGACGUUACGAAAACCUUCGCCUAUAAAAACGGACAUUUACACACGCUCACGGUGAUUGUUUGUUUUUGUGUUUCUGAUCAAUGUGCAUCUGACUUGCCACAGGCCAUUCAUCGACAGCCAUGAAUCCAUCAAUAUUGACCCUCGUCUGGAUGAGUAUACUAGUAUCUCUAGUCCAAACUGUGUUUGCCGAUGACGUCAUUAUGCAAAAAAGGUAUUUCGACAACGAUAAUCCGGUAGCUGAACCAAUCAGAAGAAAAAAACCUUUUUGCAACGCAUUUACAGGUUGUGGUCGUAAGAGAUCAGACGAAUCAAUGGCCACCUUGGUCGAACUUCGUUCAGAACCGGCUGUCGAAGAGAUUAGUAGGCAGAUAAUGUCUGAGGCUAAGCUCUGGGAGGCGAUUCAAGAAGCCCGACUUGAAUUAUUACGCCAACAAAGACAAAAUAAAGCAGAGAGAAUGGAAAUGAAACCUUUUCCCGGGGGUUUAAGAAGAAAACGUCGAUCUUUUGCCGCCAGUGACAAAUGCUAAGAUAUUCAUCAGCUCUGUGAAAUUUCUUUUAUUAUAAUUAUAUAUUAUAAUUUCCUUAUAGUAAAUUAUUUAAGUAAAUAAGUCAGAUAAUACAAACUAUAUACCUACAUUAUUUUGUGAAAAAUAUUAAACCAAAUAUAAAAGUUUAAAGGGAAUAUAA